UCUCUCUCUCUCUCUCUCUCUCUCUCUCUCUCUCUCUCUCUCUCUCUCUCUCUCUCUCUCUCUUCGCUAAGAAAGCAUCAAGCUUUGUCGUUUUGUGCAACAUUUUUCUGAGCUUGUUUGGUGUUGGAUCAUUUGUCUUAAGAUCAAUGGAGAAGAUGAUAGAGAGGGAGUACAUGUGCAAGUUCUGUAACAAGAAGUUACCUUCUGGUAAAUCACUUGGACGUCACAUCAGGAUUCACACCAACCAGUACUCACUUCUUUCAAGUAGCUACAAUGGCAAGAACAACAACAAUAAGAGGUUGGCGGAUCAGAGAGAGAUCACGGCUCUAACACAGCAGCAGCAGCAACUUUGUUGCAGAGAAUGUGGUAAAGGUUUUGAUUCUUUGAAAGCUCUUUGGAAUCACAUGGAUUGUUGUCACUGUGAGGGAGAGAAGUUGGUGAUGGAUACUGAGACUACUUCUUCAGGUCCUACCAGGAAAAGAUCCAAGAAGCAGUUCAGUUCAGAGUCUUUUAGUAAUGGGAGCUCGUCUUCUUCUGCUUGUGAGAUUGACCAAGAAGAUAAGAACACUGCUUUGUCUCUCAUGAUGAUGUCUAUGGAUUCUAGAGGACUUACCUUGGUGGUUAACUCUCUAGUAGCUGAGUCUUCAGAGAAUAACUCUGAUGAUGAUGAUGAUGAUAAUGGUGCUAUUCUCUCUGAUUCAUAUAGCUCAGACUCUGAUUACUUCAUGAAUGGUCCAAAGAGGUCAGACUCAGAUAUCUCGGUUGAUGGGUGUCUUAGGAACAAUGGUGGUGAGUUUGGGGUCAAGGAGGGAAGAUCAAAGUAUGAGCUGCGCAAAAGCAAAAGGGUUGUCUUGCCUUGUUAUGAGAGUGAUUCUUGUGCAGUAGACACAAACAGCAAGAAAGCAAUUAGUGCAAACAAGAAUGGCAAAUGUCACGAGUGCCCAUUCUGCUUCAGAGUGUUCAAGUCAGGACAAGCUUUAGGAGGUCACAAGAGAUCACAUUCUUUUGUGAACCAAGAACACAGGGUCAAACACAAAGCUGCUGCUGAUAUGCGAAUCGAUCUCAAUCUUCCUGCUCAUGAUGUUGAAGAAUGAACCAGAGCCUGAAACCACAGGUCAUCCCUUGGUUUUGUUUUCUUCUGGUGUUUGUUUUUCUUAAAGGUAAUUCAAAUGUUUGUUCAUGUAAAGCCUUAUCAAUUAGCCAUUUCUUUGCUUUAGGACUUCGAGUGUUGAUCUAAAGCUUCAUGUCUCUUACUAAGAUUCUUCUUGUCUUCAACAUUUAAAGAUUUUUUUCUUU